CGCACCCCCCCCGCCUUUUCCCACCCCCCCUUCCUUCCCUCCCUCCCUCCCUCCCUCCCUCCCCCCCCCCGCCCGCCCGCCCGCCCGCCCGCCCCCCCCAACCACACACCCCCGGUUCCCUUUGCUGCAGGAGCAGCCGGUGCAUGGGCAGUGCACGGGCACCGGCAGGAGCACGCUGCGCACCCCCGCCACGGGACCGCACUCGCCCCGCGCGCGGAACGCCCCUCCGGAGCGGAGGAUGAGCCGACAGCCCCGGCGCGGAGCGCGGCAGGACGCCCGCCGAGCCAGCCCGGCGCGGCGCUGAGCAUCGCCCACCAGCCGUGUCGGGGUCCCGCCGAGCCCCCCGCGGGUGGGUGCCCCCGGCAUGGACGGCCGUGACUUCGCGCCCCCGCCGCGGCUGCUGUCGGAGCGGGGCAGCCUGGGCCACCGGCACGGCUCCGGGCGCGUGGCGGGGUCGGCACACGGGGCCGUGCAGCCCCCCGGACACUUCCAGCCCACCAAGUACUUUCCGGCGCCCAUCUCCAUGGCCACGCACACAGCCGGCAGCAGCCUGAUGGGGAGCGCCCCCCCAUCCUCCUUCAUGGGGGGCUUCCUGAGCAGCAGCCUGGGCUCGGGGGGGCCCAGCCACCCCGCCGGCCCCGCCGCCUCCCCCCCAGAGCCAGCCUUCUGCGGGCCCCACUCCGGCACCUCCCAGAUCUGGUUCUCCCACUCCCACGAAGCCCCGGGGUACCCCCGCUUCUCCGGGAGCUUGGCCUCCACCUUCCUGCCCAUGGGCCACCUGGACCACCACGGCAAUGGCAACGUGCUCUAUGGCCAGCACCGCUUCUAUGAGAGCCAGAAAGAUAACUUCUACCUGCGGAACCUUCCGGCGCAGCCCCCCCUGCUCCCUGCCAGCCACGGCUUCCCUGGCAUCACCCGUGCCGCCCCCGGGCCCCCCGCCAGCUCCUGCAGCCGGGAGCGGGACACUGGCCCCCUGCCCAAGACCCCCAAGGACUACGAGCGCUUCCUGGUGGGCAAGGAGAAGGGGGGCAAGGGGGACCCCAAGGAGCGGCUGCCCGAGGAGGACCCCAAGGAGCGGCACAAGGCGGUGCUGCCGGUGCCGCCCGAGGGGCACUGCAAGGAGGGGGUACCGCCACGGGGCUCCGGCGAUGGGCGCCCCAAGCCCUUGGCCUCGUGCCUGCUGGGCGCCAAGGGGCUGGACGGUGACGGCACCCGCGCGGCGCUGCCCAGCUGUGCCGGGAAUGCCCUGCCCCGCGCCACCCGCUGCGCCCCCAAGGAGCGGGAGCCGGGGGUCCCUGAGGCGCCGCAGCCCUACGGCGAGGCCGUGGAGCGGCGGCAGAUGCUGCACCACGCCGUGUCCUACGCCGUGCCCGCCGCCGGCUCCUUCCCCUGUCUCCCGCUCCACGCCGGCCCCGAGGUGCUGUGCCCGCUGCCCGAGCCCCCCGCCCGCGAGCUGAAGCUGAGCGGGGCCACGCUGGUGCCCUCGGUGGGACCCCCGGCGGACAAGAGCCGCUCGUUCCAGGUGGAAUCUGGCGGGAUGGAGCGUGGGGACGGCAAGGAGCGGCACACCGAGGCGGGCACCGAGCCCUACGGUGCCCCCUUCCACCACUCGCUGAAGGCCGAGGGGCCAGCAGAGCGGCGGCUGGACUGGGGGGCUCCUGGCACCCGACUGAAGGGGCUGGAGUACCUGGGGGGCGGCACAGCUGAGGGACCCCCCUUCUCCAGCCGGUGCCCGGCACCCAAGGGGGGGCUGGAGAAGAGCUACUUCGAGGUGCCACCAGCCCCCGACUGCUCCCGUGCCCCCCGCCCCGACCCCCUGGGCGUCCGCGUCGGCCCCUCCUGCUGCACUUUAGAGAAGGGCCCCCCCAAGGACCCCCCGGCCCAGAAGGUGGCUCGGAUCCGGCACCAGCAGCACCCCGAGGCGGAGGCGGCCGAGGGCAAGCGCAAGCCCCUGGAGCUGAGUGCCCUGGGCUACAGCGGGCACCCCCUGCCCCCCUGGGGGGUGCAGGGCCAGGGGCCCCCAUUGACCGUGACGGAGGAGCGGAAGGGGGGGCCCUACCUGGACCCCUUCGGCACGGGGCUGGUGCGGGCGCAGGAGGUGCCCAACGCCCCCGACGAGGUCUCGGCCAUGAAGAACCUGCUCAAAUACAGCAACGGGGCCCUGCUGGGGGGGCAGAAGGGCCCCCCCUUUGUGGGGCUGGCAGGCACCAAGGGCAGCUGCGCCCACCAGGACGCCAAAUUCCCGUCGGGGAAGGGGCAGCUGGAGCUGGAGCGGCCGGACUGUGCCCGCGGCCGGGAGCACGAGGCGCUGGGCCCUGGCGGCACCGAGGGCGAGGUGCGGCAGCCGCCCGUGGGCAUCGCCGUGGCUGUGGCACGGCAGAAGGACACGCUGGGCCGCCACGAGCCCUACGGCAACGGCGGCACCGGGGGCACCGGGCGGCAGCGGGCGGCGGCCGGAGUCAAAGCGGGCACUGCACGCCCCGUGCACCUGAUGGAACUGGAGGCUGAGGAGGAGCGGGGCCGGCUGUGCGAGGAGCGCCUGGGACUGCCCGGGAGGGACAUCCUACUCCAGGACAGCAAGGACCUGGUGGAGUUUGCCCGGAUGCACCCGUCGGGGGGGUGUCCCGGGGAGCUGACCCCCCACCUGAUGAUGGCAGGGGGCUCGUCGCUGCCGGCGGGGCAGCUGGGGGGUGACCCCGCUGCCCACGCCCACCCUGCACACACGCACUGGCUGCCCCGCACCCGCAGCCCCUCCAUCUGGAUGGGGGGGCACUCCUACGGCAUUGGGCACCCGGCACUGCAUCAGAACCUGCCCCCCGCCUUCCCCACCUCCAUGCCCAGUGCCAUGCAGCCCGUGUUCCCCCUCGCCCAGGACCCCCCCGCCCAGCUCGUCAUCCUCCCCACAGAGCCCCCCGCCCACGGCACCCCCCACACGCUGGCCGACGUGAUGGACCAGGCGUCGCUGUGGCCCCCCAUGUACCCGGGCCGGGGUCCCAGUGCCCACCUGCAGCACACGGGGCAGCUGCCCGUGUACCCACGGUCGCAGUUCCUGCGGCAGCAGGAGCUCUACGCCCUCCAGCAGCAGCAGCAGCAGCAGCAACGGGCAGCCCAGGCCCUCGAGAUCCAGCGCCAGGCACACGGCCAGCGGAAGCCGGAGGAGCAGCCCCUGGAGCUGGAGGAGGGGGGUCCUGAGAAGCCCCUCAAACCCUCCCACAAAGCAGUUGCCUUAAACCCCCCAGCCAAGGGCCUGACCUCGGCGGCCCCUGCGCCCCCCAAGCUCUCCCCCUGCUGCCACUCGCCGGCCCUGCGGCACCAGGCCAAGUGCCCGGUGACCCUGCCCACGGCCCCCUGCACUUUACCCGCCUGCCCCGCUGCCAGCCCGGCCGUGGCCCCCCGCUCGCCGGCCGCCAGCCCCCUGCCCACCCCCAGCAAGGGCAGCGAGGGCGAGGAUGCACGGGGCGAGGGGCAGCCCCCGCGCCGCUACCCCAAACCCCUGGAGCCCGACCUGCCCCCCGGGUACGGCUACCCCGCCGCCACCAUGGGCUACCCCGCGGUGCACUCGGCCGAGCCAGCGGACCCCGACCCCGUGCACGCCGGGUCCCCCCCCGCCGAGCCCGAGCAGUCCCGGACCUUCAGCCCCACCGCCGAGGCGCUGCGGGAGCCAGGCCCUCCCCGGGACCCCCCGGCCGAGGGUCCUGGGGUGCUGCUGCACCGCCACCACCUGCUGCUCCCCCCGGGCCCCCUCUGCGGGGAGCGGGGGGCAGCGCCGGCCGCGGGGAGCACCGAGGAGCCCUUCGGGGGGCACCAGGAGGCGGCUCAGGGAGCGCCGGAGCAGCCGGAGCAGCAGCACCCUGUGCCCGGGGUGGGGGGCUCCCCGCUGCCCCCCACUGCAGAGGAGGAGGAGGAAGAAGAGGAGGAGGAGGAAGAAGAGGAGGAGGAGGAGGAGGAGGAAGAGGAGGAGGAGGAGGAGGAGGAGGAAGGCGACAGCGAUGGCUUGGAGCCGGAGGGCAGCUGCGAUGAGGAGGAGGAUGGUGAUGUCCCUGUCAGGCACCAGGGCUGCCCGGGCGGGCUGGAGGCUCUGAUCGCCGCUGGCAUUGACCUGGGGGAGCUGCCAGCACUGGACGAGCCUGAAGAGCCUCCCCCUGCACCCCCUUCGCCCGCCCCCCACCCCUCAGGGAUCCCCGGGAUCGCCCUGCUCAGCGAACUCGCUGACCUGGAGCUGCGCCGGCGCCGCUGCGACCUGGCCAGGGAAGGUGAGGAUGAGGAGCUGCUGGCCUUCAACCUGCAGAACCUGGCCACGGUGGCGGCCGCCUGGUCGCUGGUGGAGGCGGCGGGGCGGGAGGGCAGCCCCCCCGCGCUCAGCCCCCUGCCCGCCUCGCCCCCGCCCCGCGCCCGCGUCCCCCGACGCAAGUACACCUGGACCCCCAAAACCAAGGCUGUGUGCCCGCUGAAGGCGGCCAUGGAGCAGCUGAACACGCAGGAGGUGGAGGUGCGGAUGCGCUUGGCCGAGCUCCAGCGCCGCUACAAGGAGAAGCAGCGGGAGCUGGUGAGGCUCCAGCGGCGCCACGACCACGAGCGUGACGAGAGCUCCCGGAGCCCGGCGCGGCGCGGGCCGGGGCGGCCGAGGAAGAGGAAACACUCCAGCACUCUGGGCAGGGCCGAGAGCCGCAAGGUCAAGACAGUGAAGACCAGCCUGUCCCUGCUGUGUGCUGAGCUGAGGGGGGACCCCGAGCCCCAGAAGAAGAGGAGCAAACUGUCAGGUGGAACCUUCAGCAGCCUCCAGGGCUCCCCGCUGAAGCAGAAGGUGAAGGGCAAGGGGCUGCCCCCCGGGCUCAGCCCCUUCCGCCGGAGGGACCCCAACCCCAGCGCCCGCAUCCAGAAGAAGCUGAACCGACCCAAGGGCUCCAAGGGCUCCAAGUACCAGGGGCAGGACCCCGGCCCCCGGCAGCCCCCCCAUUUCAGAGGCAAGGCGGGCACAGGGAUGGAGGUGUGGGGUUGGGAUGGGAGUGUGGGGUACGGGAUGGGAACAGCAGGGAUUCAGCACAGGGAUGGGGGUUCAGAGUCCAGCACGGGGCUGCAGAAGGUUCAGGACAGGAGGUGCAGGGGCCACCCCUGGGUGCACAGGGGUCCCUCACUGCUGUCCCCUGCCCUUUCAGAUGAGCCUGAGGGGGACACAGACAGUGAGGACGAGGAGCCGGGGCUGUCCCUGCCCACGGGGCCAGUGGCUGUGCUGGGGCCCUCCCCGUCCUCCGUGGUGAAGAUGGAGGCCAAUGAGAAGGCCAAGAAGAAGAAGGAAAGGCAGGGGCUGCUAGGUCCCUGCCGCCUGGGCAGCCCCGAGGGGGAGGUGAAGAUCAAGCGGCGGCCGGUGAAGCCGGGGGGUGCCGGGAAGCUGGAGAAGGUGCCGGGGCGGCGGAAGGCCGGGGGCUGCCCCGAGGGCAGCAAGAAGAAGCUGAAGGCCAAGAGCAAGGAGAGCCUGCGGCCCCCAGCCCCCGGCGGCCCCAGCCCCACGGGACCCCCCGGCAGCCUCUUUGGGGGCACGGACCCCCGGCUCCUGGGGCCACGGGACGAGGGGGUUCGGCUGGGAGAGAGGGGCAAGAAGGGCACCCGCAAGAGCAAGGGGCUGCAGGCAGCCCUCAGGCGCAAGAACGGGGCGCUCUCAUUGGCCCUCUCCCCCCGGAGCGCCAAGACCAUCCUGAGCAAGGGCAAGAAACUGGCCAAGGUCAAGAGCAAAGUGGCCACCAAGCAGUGCAAGGGCCGGGCAGUCAGCAAACUGCUGGAGAGCUUCACUGUGGAGGACGACUUCGACUUCGACGACAACAGCAGCUUCUCAGAGGAGGAGGAGGAGCUGGGGGGCUGCCUGGCAGGGGGGACACGUGAGGAGGUCCCCCACGCCUGCGCCAUCCAGAAGGAGGAUCUGCGGGAUGGGUUGCACAUCCUGAUUCCCAAGGAGGACAGUCUGCUCUACGCCGGCAGCGUCCGCACCAUCCAGCCCCCGGACAUCUACAGCAUCAUCAUCGAGGGCGAGCGGGGGAACCGGCAGCGCAUCUACUCACAGGAGCAGCUGCUGCAGGAGGCGGUCCUGGACGUGCGGCCACAGUCGCGCCGCAGCCUCCCCCCCGGCACCCGCGUCUGCGCCUACUGGAGCCAGAAAUCCCGGUGCCUGUACCCAGGGAACGUGGUGCGAGGCUCCUCCAGCGACGAGGAGGAGGAGGACGCCGAGGCCGUGCUGGUGGAGUUCGACGACGGCGACACCGGACACAUCGCCGUGUCCAACAUCCGCCUGCUGCCCCCCGACUUCAAGAUCCAGUGCACCGAGCCCUCCCCAGCACUGCUGGUGUCCAGCUCCUGCCGGCGGGCGAAGCGGGCGUGCGGCGACAUGGGCACCCCUGGAGCGCUGCCCCCCACACUGUGCCCGGAUCAUGGCCCCCAGGCCUCCCGGAAUUCCAGCAGGAAGGCAUCUGGCAAGGAGAAAAGCGGCAAAGCCAUGGAGGGGCUGUCGGGGGGCCGGGGGCCGGCACUGAGCGAUGCCACGGCCGGGCGGCGCGGGGGGUCCCUGCUCAGCUGGGCAGCCAUGGCACAGACCAAGCGGAAGGCGGUGAACAAGGGCUCGGCCGUGCUCCAGAACCUCUUCCAGGUCAACGGCAGCGCCAAGAAGCUGCGGGCCAAGGAGACCCUCUUCCCGCUGCACCACCACCACCACCACCUCGCCGCCCCCGUCUUCGGCAACGCCUUUGGCGCCGACUCCUUCAGCCGCAUCGCCAGCUCCUACAGCUCCUUUGGCGCCGGCGCCGGGCUGGUGCUGCCCGCGGCACAGAAGCUCCUGCGCUCCAAGAAGGCCGAGCGGCUGGAGGCGGAGGUGGGCAGGAGCGGGCGCAGGAAGGCGGCGGGCGGCGAGUUCCUGGUCAAGCUGGACCACGAAGGGGUGACGUCCCCCAAGAACAAGACGUGCAAGGCGCUGCUCUUGGCCGAGAAGGACUUCGGGGCCAGGCUGGAGCGGCCACUGGGCAGCCACAGCUACGGACACGCCGGGCUGGGUGGCCGGGAGCGGAGGGGCCGCACGGCCGCGCACCCGCUGCCCGUGGGGCUGGCACUGCGCAAGUACUCGGGGCACGGGGACUUCUCCCUGAACUGCGACAGCGACUGCCACAGCUCCUACUCGGACAUGGACGAGGACGAGGACGCGGCGGGGCUGGGCGCCGACGUCCCCUCGCGCUUCAUGACGCGCCUCUCAGUGUCCUCCUCUUCCUCGGGCUCCUCCACCUCCUCCAGCUCCGGCUCCAUCUCCACGUCCAGCCUCUGCUCCUCGGACAAUGAGGAUUCCUCCUACAGCUCGGAGGACGAGGACUCGGCGCUGCUGCUCCAGACCUGCCUGUCGCACCCGGUGCCGGCGCUGCUGGCGCAGCCGGACGCACUGCGGCCCAAGGGCACCGCGCCACAGCGCUGCUUCCUGUCCAAGGCGGCCGCCGCCGGCCCCAAGGCCAAGCUCAAGCGGAAGGAGGCCCUCAGCUUCGCCAAAGCCAAAGAGUUCUCCCGGCGGCAGCGCCUGCCCUCGGUGGAAAACCGGCCAAAGAUCUCCGCCUUCCUCCCCGCGCGCCAGCUCUGGAGGUGGUCGGGGAACCCCACGCAGCGGCGCGGCAUGAAGGGCAAGGCGCGGAAGCUGUUCUACAAGGCCAUCGUGCGGGGCAAGGAGACGCUGCGCGUGGGCGACUGCGCCGUGUUCCUGUCGGCCGGGAGGCCCAACCUGCCCUACAUCGGCCGCAUCGAGAGCAUGUGGGAGUCCUGGGCCAGCAACAUGGUGGUCAAGGUCAAGUGGUUCUACCACCCCGAGGAGACCAAGCUGGGCAAACGCCAGAGCGAUGGCAAGAACGCGCUGUACCAGUCGUGCCACGAGGACGAGAACGACGUGCAGACCAUCUCGCACAAGUGCCAGGUGGUGGGGCGGGAGCACUACGAGCAGCUCACGCGGGGCCGGAGGUACCAGGACCGCCAGGACCUCUAUUACCUGGCGGGCACCUACGACCCCACCACGGGCCGCCUGGUGACCGCCGACGGGGUGCCCAUCCUCUGCUGACCCCCCUGGGGGUGCCCAUCCUCUGCUGACCCCCCGGGGGUGCCCACCCUCUGCUGACCCCCCCAGGGAUGGGGACGGGGGCCCCUCUGCGGGUCCUGCCCGGCUCUUAUGCAAAGCCCGUGGUGACAUUGGGGGGCGCGUUGGGGGGGCCCAAGGGGGACGGGGGGGGGCUCCCCUACAAGCCAUAACUUUCCCUAGUACCUCUGACUGUUUGCCAGCAGGUGAAGCAGAAAUCAGGUGUGUUGUUCUAUUUAUUUUGCCUGUAAAUAUUGUAUUUCUUCCGGGAAGUUUUAUGGAAAACCGAGAAAGGACAAAAAAAAAAAAAAAAAAAAAAAAAAGACAAAAAAUGGUCAAAAAAAGAAAAAAAAACCCUCCACAAAAAAAUAAUAAUAAUAAUCCUCGGGGAGGGGGUGGGUGGGAAUGGGGGGGGUCGUUUCAGUGCACUGUGUCCCCCAGCCUGUGGGGAUGGGGACAGCGGGGAGCGCUGUACAGAGGGGGCCAGGGCGGGGGGCUCGGCCCGGGCGGGGGGCCCAGCGCCACCGUCCCCAGUGCAAUAGGGGGGUGACCGCGGGGGGGGGACCCCGGGGGGGGCCGUGGGGGGACCGUGGGGACCCCCCGGGGCCGGCGGACGCUGGCCCGUCCCGCCGCCGCUGCCUGGAAAAUAUUGUACAGGGGCUUUUCCAGUGUAAACACUAAACCAGAAAAAAAAAAAAAUCCCACAAAACAGGAUAAAAAAAAAUAAAAUCCGAAAGGACAAAAAAAAAAAAAAAGGAGCAAAGGGUUAAACAAAGGUUUUAUGAGCCGCCACUCCUGUAAAGGCCUUUUACUAUGGAACUUUUUUAUGGAUAACUUGGCUUAUGAAUAAAUAUAUGAACCGUU